AUGCCGGCCAGUGUGGAUUCCUUGCAGAGUGAAGACAGCCUCUAUGCGGCCGCGUCCCAUGCAAUUAAAUCAGCCCAUUUAUCAGCAGUUGAACAUAUUCAGUUGCACUUUUUCAUAAAUGAUGCGAUCAAAAGAGCCCAGGCCUCGCGCUUUAUACUGAGUCGCAUACCGGAAUCCUAUCCUGAAGGUGCCGAAAGCGCCGAAGACAUUCUUCGGGGGAUCAAAGAGGACCUAAUAUCUGUAGCACGGAAAAUUGUGCGCGAUGAUGAUAGCGAUGCGGUCUCUUCUAAUGUCGAAAGCGCCCUAUAUGAGCGGGAAAGAAAUCGAUGCUGUGUUUCUGGCCACGACACAGGCCUCAAACCUAUAUUCAUUGUCUCCCCAUCAAUCGUAGAUGAUGAAGAUCUACAAGCUGGAGGACGAUUGCGACCCAUCCUUGACGCUGUCUUAUCUGCAGAAAUUGCCAACGAGCUGUUCACAUUCUUUAAAUCCCAGGACAGCGCAAAAGAAAGCCUGCUCAAGAAUCUAUGGCUUAUGUCGCCAGAAGUGAGGACUGCGUUCCAAAAUGGCCAUAUAUACAUAUCGAAAUAUCGGUUGGGGCACCAAAAGUUUAUUUGGAGUGUUCGUAAAAGACCACCCAAACAUUUUUCCCCCGUUAAUGAAAGCUUUCAUAUAACUCCCUCAACUCCCGACGAAAGCUGCCUUCCCCUCCCCGAAGGCUUUCUACUACAAGUACAUUCCGCCGCAUCGGCUAUCCUGCACACUUUAUCUAUUGAAAAUGAGAUUCGCCAUGGAUGGGCGCCGGUAAAGCCUGGACGGACAUUGGGGCAGUUUGGAAGAUGUCUCCUCCGCGGGUUUGCUCUGAUGAUUCCAAACUCCAUCUGCGUGGCCAUUUACCGCCUUAUUCUCAAAGCUGUCGACUAUUGGGAUCCCCAAGGAAACCCUUCGGUCAAGUUUCUUCCAUUUGGCCUUUGUCUAAAGACAGGCCGGCGCGUUACGCGAAAUGAGGCAAACGCGCUCCGUCUCAUUGAGAAACACACCUCCAUAACAGCCCCGAAACUAAUCGAUUUUGCGACGGAUAGUACAGCAAACAACAACUUCCUGUUGAUGACAGUGGUACCCGGUAUUGGUGCUGAUCGAGUAUUCUACAGAAUGACGUAUGAAGAACGGCGUCAACUCGCAAUAGAUGUUGGUAGUUGCAUUUCACAGUAUCGCCAAAUAAAGAAUGAUUAUGCCCAGAAGCAUUUGAUAUGUGAUACUCUUGGUGGGCCAAUUACAGACCAUCGCACCGAUGAUCGUGGGUUUUGUGGUCCCUACAACUCCAAACCCGAAUUCCUGGACGAUUUGACAGAGGAUCUUGAGAGUAUCAGAACAGAAAGACCUCUCUCGUAUCUAUAUGAGAAGCAACACGAGGUCUGUUUUACUCACUCAGACCUGCAUUUAUCGAACCUGCUUGUUCAUCGUGGACGGCUCUGCGGUAUCAUCGAUUGGGAAAAUGCAGGCUUCAAACCCGAGUUCUGGGAAUACACGCGGAUUGUGUGGGGGUAUAAGAGUGACAAUCGGCUUUCGCAGGAUUUUGAACUUGCAUUCGAGAAGAGCUACAAAGAGGAGUUAGAAGCUGAGCGGUUACUUUGGAGGCUAAAGCCCGUUUUCUAAUUUCUGGGUGCCUAUAUAUUUAACAAAUAACUGAGCACUAGAUGCAAAGCAAUCACAGACCUGUACAGGUGUUCACUUGCUAAAAUGCAAAAAGUUGAGAAACCAUGUUUAAUGAUGAAGGACAUGAGGACAGGGUUUAUAGUGCAAGAAAAAUCUUAUGAAACUUGUACUGUUGUAUUGGAAUUCUGUAAGACAUCUAUUAUAAAAUAUCUGUACAGCUCUCUCUUUUUCUUUCUCUUUCUUCAUGAUAUAAUCAUAUAAGCAGAUUCUCUCUAUAUAUUUUUUCUAUCUGCUCUCACUCAUUUUUUGAGUUCAAUACUUUUGCAGUUUUAUUUCUU